AUGGGAUCUCAAGGUGUAUUGGACAGUGCUGACCCUCACCUCAUCUCUCUGUGCACCUCGGUCCUCUCCUUGGCCUUUCUUGCCGCCCACCGGGAGAGGGGGAGAGUUGGGAGGAGAGAGGCCAGUAGCGGGCCUCCAGUUGGGUCAGCCAUGAUUCAUUCUGCCAUCUCAUGGAUGGAGGGAUUUGGAGCUCGGCCACAGCGUUCUGAGCAGGGAUCGAAGCCCGCUGUCACUGUGCCGGACGGAGGGAAUGAAUCACCAUUACUGCUGCUGCUGUUCGCUUCCCGACACUCGGCUCACGUGCAAACGAACAGCACUGGAACUAUAGUCUUCAUUCCCCUCUAUGCAGUUGGAUGA